GCCGAGCAAGUUCCGCCGGGAUGGCACCUUAAAACCGCUGACCCUCGGCAGGGCGAGGAGAUUCGGACAGAGACGCUCCAUCUCAUCUACCUCGCCCUUUUCGUUUCUUUUAUUUUGUCCUUUAUAUACCUAGCCUUGCGUCCUCCUGCAUUUGAUACGCAGGAUUAGUUGACUACCUGCAUAUUCUUGCUAGCUAUGGCGGGGCAAUUUAGGUAUGCGCUGCGGGUAUCGCCGCAGCUCAGAACCGGCUCAAUUCGGCUCUUCUCGUCGCAAGCCUGCCUUCGUCAAGAGAUUCGGGAUGCCUACAUCCUGAGCGCUUCCCGCACGCCAACGGCAAAAUUCAAUGGAUCCUAUCUGAGCGUUAGCGGGCCCGAACUCGGCGCUGUUGCCAUCAAGUCCGCGCUCGAGAAGUCGAGAGUUCCCGUUUCCAAAGUCACCGAUGUCUACAUGGGAAAUGUGCUCCAGGCCUCCGUUGGACAGGCUCCGGCGCGCCAAGCCUCCGUUUUCGCCGGCCUUCCUCCCACAGUCGAAGCGAUUACCAUCAAUAAGGUUUGCGCCUCUGGGUUGAAGGCCGUUGCAUUUGCGGCCCAGAAUAUUCAGCUCGGCCUCUCCGAGGCGCAGAUCGCCGGCGGGUUUGAGAACAUGUCGAGGGUGCCAUAUUACGUGCCGCGUGCUAGCGGGCUACCUAGCUUUGGUCAUGUCAAGAUGGAGGAUGGGCUCAUCAAGGACGGUCUUACCGAUGUCUACGACCAGAUCCACAUGGGCAACUGCGCCGAAAACACGGCCAAGAAAUACAACAUCUCCCGAGAGGAGCAAGAUGAGUACGCCAUUCAGUCAUACCAGCGGGCGCAGGCCGCCUGGAAGAACAACGCGUUUGCCGACGAGAUUGCUCCGGUCACAGUUAAGGGGAAGAAGGGCGAUACGGUCAUUACCACAGAUGAAGGAUACCUGGACAUCAAACUGGAAAAGGUGCCCACCCUCAAGCCGGCGUUCGUCCGUGACGGGACCGGCACCGUGACGGCGGCCAACUCGUCAACCCUCAACGACGGCGCCAGCGCGCUCGUCCUAGGCAGCAAGGCGAUUGCGCAGGAGUACGGCGCUGGUUCGCGUGUCCUGGCUCGCAUCUGCAGUUCGGCCGACGCGGCCGUGGAUCCGAUUGACUUCCCGAUUGCGCCAGCCAAGGCGGUCCCCAUUGCUUUGGAGCGGGCGGGGAUCACCAAAGACCAGGUUGCCGUCUGGGAGUUCAACGAGGCCUUCGCCGCGGUUAUCAAGGCCAACGAGAAGAUUCUUGGCUUGGAGGGUGCAAGGGUGAACCCGCUUGGCGGAGCCAUCUCCCUGGGCCAUGCCUUGGGCAGCUCAGGUUCACGGAUUCUGGUGACGCUGUUGCACCAGCUCAAACCUGGCGAGUAUGGUGUUGCGGCGAUCUGCAACGGUGGUGGUGCGGCAACGGCGAUGGUUGUGCAAAGGAUCGAAUCUGUGUAAAAUGUAUAUCACGCCUCUCGAAAUACCUUGUUUGGAGCACCGUGCGGCUUGGCUGCUGCAACCUUGCAGGGAGUCAUAUUACCCGUAGUUAUUGUUCAGGUAAGGGGAAUGCACUAAGGUUCCUUAGGGUUAGGGUCUAGCAGCCGUUGAAUCUGCUCGUUGUGUGAUUCUUG